GUACACUUGGCUUUGAGUUUUUGUUCAGGAGUUGCAGGGAUUGAAGGCAGUCAAUAGAUUGAUGUUUAUAAGUAUCUGGAUGUCCUCAUGUACUGUACUGGAAAAGCACAAGUAAUUGUAGGAAACUACAGAGCACAGCCCUGACCCUCUAUUGAUCAGGACAUUGCGGAGCUGGGCAAUUGUAAAACUCACAGCAACAAUGAAGAUACUUACUCUCCCCUUAGCAAUCCUCCUUGGGAUUUCAUGACAAGGGGCCCCACGCUCGGCUCUAGGUGCCAACACCUCUUGACGUGGUCAACCUCCUCAGCUAAACCUAGUCUUAACACCCAGGAGCUCUAGCUUCGACACGUUUCUCUGGCCAGGGCCUCUCUAGCCCGGCCUCGUCUCUAUGGUUUCCUGUGUGAGGCGCUCUAGCCUGCGCAGAUCGAGACGUCGCGGCGGCCUUGCUAGGCUACCGGAGACUCCGGAAAGCGCUUCGCUGGUCGCGCGGUCGGCCAUGGAGACCCUGCGCAAAGCGCUGAUCGCGGGCGCAGUGCUGGGCGCGGGGGCUGGCGUGGGCACCGCGCUCUUUGUCCUCGUGGCCCCGGGAGAACAGCAGAAGCAGACGAUGCUGAAGGAGAUGCCGGAGCAGGACCCGCAGCGCAGGGACGAGGCGGCCAGAACCAAAGAGCUACUUCUGGCCUCUCUGCAGGAGGCAGCGGCCACGCAAGAGAACGUCGCCUGGAGAAAGAACUGGAUGAGUGGCGGCGGCGGGAAGUCAGCCUGAGGUCAAACCUGCCCCCGUGCGCGCCGGGACCUCCGCUGCAGCGCAGGAACCCGAGCCGGCCUUACUCCUCUGUGGGCCGGCGGGGAGUCCAGACACGCGCAGACCUCUUCGGGACCUGGGGAGCUGCCGCCGGGUGAGCACGUUCCCCCCCAAACCCUGCAUUGACUGCGUUUUAACGUCCACGUCUUGUGCCAGGUCAUCGGAUGUGGCUAACUGAAGGAACCAAUAAAUCAUGUUCCUCCAUCCAGAGAGUGAACGCUGCGGCUGGACGCCCAUAAGAGCCUAGAGUGUUAUGGGGGUCAGUGCUGCGGGCGGGCUUGAGUGCAGCUCCUGCCUGCCCCGCCCCUCAUGUGACGCUGAAGCCCUAUAGGCAGAGCGACCACGUUUUCAAAACACACGUCAGGUCACGUGGUUUGCGUGAGUGUACUUUCGGGGAUAACCGACUGACGUUCUUGAAAUCGUUAACUAUCGUGGAAACUCUUGUGCAGUAAAUACCCAUAGAGGACA